AUUUGAGUUGCGCUGAAAUCUUAAGAAAAAAAUGAAUUUUUUACUACAAAAUGUUUGCCAGCAUCGUCAUGGAAUGAAUCUACAAACUUUAAACCGAGCAUUUUUUCAACAAAAUGUAAAAUUUGUUACUAAGGAUCAAAAACUGUUAAUGAGAACUGUCGCCAGAUUUUUAAAAAGAAGGAAGAUAUCAAUAAAUGGUGAAAGAUUUGGAAAAUAUAAACAACUCAGCAAAAAGCUAUUAGCUUGUGGGACAAGUCUGGCAACUAUAAAUCUACUAAAUCUGUCAAAGAAUUUGAAAGUUUUCUGUGCAGAACCUGAAUAUGUUGCACAAAGUGAAAUUAACGAAAAAACAGAACCAGAAACUACUUCAUAUAAGCAAUGGUAUGACUUUUUCAUCAAGUAUAUUUUGCCUCAGAUUUUUCCUCUGUUGUUAGCAAUCGCGAGUGCUUUUGGGGCAUCUUUUAUCAACAUUCAAAUUCCACAAUUAUUGGGAGAGUUAGUGAAUCUGCUUUCGAGACAGAUAAACUCAAAUCUAUCGUUCGCAGAUUAUGUGAAUAUAUUUCAAGACUCAUCCUCAAAGCUACUUUUAUAUUAUCUAUGUCAAGGUGCUCUCACUUUUAUUUGUAUCUCUCUAUUAAGUAAUGUCGGCGAGCGUAUUGCUUGCGAAAUGCGAAAAGAUCUGUUUUUAAGUCUUUUAAAGCAAGAUAUAGCAUUUUAUGAUGUCCACAAAACUGGGGAACUUAUUGACCGCUUGACAUCAGAUGUGCAAGAUUUUAAAAGCUCUUUUAAAGUUUGUGUUUCACAAGGAUUAAGAAGUUCAUCACAGACUAUCGGAUGUAUUUUUUCUUUGUAUAAAAUAUCACCAAAGUUGACGAUGCUGAUGGCUAUUGUGAUACCAGGACUUGUUAUAAUCGGUGCACUUAUGGGGGCAUAUUUGCGACAUUAUUCACGUAAAGCGCAAGACCAGAUGGCAUAUGCAACGUCCUUCGCAAAUGAAGCAAUUGGAAAUGUUCGUACGGUUCGUGCUUUUGCGAUGGAGACAACCGAAUUUGAAGCCUAUUCUGCCGAGAUUGAAAAAGCAAAAGAUUAUAAUCAAGCCCUUGGAAUUGGUAUUGGUGCUUUUCAAGGGAUGACAAAUAUCGCUCUAAAUGGGAUCGUAUUAGGAAUGAUAUACUGCGGGGGUUUUCUUGUGUCUUCAUACGGAAUGCAGCCUGGAGAAUUGAUGUCAUUUUUAGUCGCGUCGCAGAUGAUACAACGCUCGCUUGCGUCUCUUUCUGUACUUUUCGGAUCCGCAAUACGCGGCGCUGAAGCAGCUUCAAGAGUUAUGGAAUAUAUUGAACUAAAACCAGAAAUGAGUUUAACCGGUGGUUGGAAAAUUCCACAUUACUCUUUAAUAGGAGAAGUGGAGUUCCAUAAUGUUCGUUUUUCAUACCCUUCUCGGCCAGAUUGUUUAGUUUUGAAGGAUAUAUCUUUAAAACUACCACCGUGUAAAGUAAUAGCUCUCUGUGGACUUUCUGGAGGCGGCAAAUCGACUGUUGCCAGUUUAAUAGAAAGAUUUUAUGAUCCUACUGCUGGAAAAAUCACCCUCGAUGGAAAAGAUUUAAAGAAACUUGACCCUUCCUGGUUACGAGAAAAGGUGAUAGGCUAUAUAAGCCAAGAACCUGUUUUAUUUAAUACAACGAUAGCUGAGAAUAUACGGUAUGGAAAACCGGACGCCACGGACGCAGAAAUUAUGGAAGCAGCAAAACUUGCAAACGCCGAGCAAUUUAUAUCAAAUUUCCCGAACGGGUACGAUACAAUUGUCGGAGAGCGGGGGUUAUCUCUUUCCGGAGGGCAAAAACAACGAAUCGCAAUUGCUCGGGCGUUAAUUAAAAACCCAGCGAUUUUAAUUCUCGAUGAAGCUACAAGCGCUCUAGAUGCUGAAUCAGAACGUUUGGUACAAGAAGCGCUUGAUCAUGUCAUGGUUGGACGAACAGUCCUUGUAAUCGCACACAGGCUCAGCACAAUACAAAAUGCAGAUAUAAUUGCUGUCGUUUCAAACGGCCAGAUUGCAGAAAUAGGCUCACAUUUUGAACUUCUGAGAUCGGGCCGGAUUUACAGGGAACUAAUAAGAAGACAGGCUAUGCUGAAGUGAUCAAAUUGAUACAUGAUUCAGUAAUUCUAAGAGUCUUGCUGCGCAUUAACAUGAAGCUACAGGCUACUGCUUCAUUUUUUUCCCCAUAGAUAGACUUGGGAUGGUUUAGACCUACUAAUUCCCAAUUAAUAUGGUAAACUUGGUUCAAGAUUAAAAACGCUUUGGCUUUGUGGUUCCGGCUCUGUUAAUUAUUCGAUUUUAAUAUUUGUUAUUCUUUAAAUAUUAAUUUCGUUCAUGCUUUCCCCUCUCUACCCAUAUGUACAGGGUGUCCAAGAAGUUUCUCCCUAUUUUAAAUGAAUAACUAUAAAAAUUUAUUUGUUUUUUAAUAGUUCUUAUUGUGUUUGUAGUUCUCAUUUAUCAUACAAUAGAAUUUAUUUAAACUUACAAUUGCUAUUACUAUAAAAUCAAGCAAAUUUUUGAAUUUUUAUUACCGUACUUUAAAAUUUGGCGAAAUUUUUUGGACACGCUUUAUAUUCUGUAUGUUCCAUAUCCUGG